GACCUCCCUUGUGCCGCAGAAGCCCUCGACACCACCUCCGCGUACCAGGCCGCCUCGCAAAUAUGUGGUGACGACCCCGGUCUCAGAGGCCUCGCCGCAGGAGCAGGGGAGGAAGCGAUCCAAAUCCGGUCCAGCCGUUCUUCUGUCCUCAAGCCCGGCAAGCAGCAUGCGCAGCACUUCCCGGCCUGCGCUGCCGGACUUGGAGGGACGGAUGGUGCGUUUCGAAGAGGCCCCCGAGAUCGUCUUGUUUCUGAGUGAUCCGGAGGAGGGCAGGGCCGCGCGUCUUCCGGUCGUGCGACCUCUUGCUCCGAUCGCUGAGGUGGUCGCCUACACCGUUUGGGAGGCCAAGGCCGAUGCCAAGGUCUCAUGGCUCCUGCGUCGGAGGUUUGUCGGCGCUCAGCGUAGAGAGACGAGCUACCAUAUUCCAGGAGCU